AUGUUGAAAAUCUCAAACGCUUCUUCUCUCUGUUUUCUCCUCCUCGUCAUCUUCCUCCUAAGUUCUCGUCCUGCACUCUCACUCCGCGGCCUGAAACUUCAAACAGAAGCAGAACCAGCUCAAACCAUGAUCGAUGGUUCCUCUUCGAUGGGCAAGAUCGACCAUGCAAAAUCCAUGAUUGCUGGAUUCUUCAGCCACAUGUUUCCAUUAAAGGGCUGGCCUUUACCAAAAUACCCACCUUUCACAAUGGUUAACCCUAAUAUUCCAACAAACCCAUCAACUGGAGCACAAGAGGAAUCCCAAAAGUUACCUUCUUCCCCAAGCAACGGCAACAAAGAUGGAGGAAACGCAUGA